GAGAUUUUUGAAAUGCUGUCUUGUUCACAUGCAGUUCUGGUUGAAGCUAUGACCACCUGACGUCAUCCAUCGUCAAUGGGAGCUGUCGCGCGCAGGCACGCGAAGCCUGGAGCCGCAGCCUCUCAGUCUCCCUGUCUCUCUCCUCAACACUCCACCUGAAUCCUAUACUCGUCUCACGAUGUCAGAACGAAAGUCAACAGCAAGUAAAGUGCAGGACAAGAUCAGGCAAGUCGCGCAGGAGGACUUCAACCAGGCCAGUGCUCUAGGACAGGAUGCCGUGAAAUCCGGCGCCUAUCUGUAUCCGUUCAAGGGCAUCGCGUACUUCUUCACCCACCGCGCAUUAUGGCGUCCUCUCGCUCAGAAGCUGAUCCCCACUAUCUCUCUUGGUUUGGGCGUCACGGUGUUCAUGUUUGUGGUGACGUACGUGCCUCAAGCCGCCGUUCUCACCAUCUUCAACGGCCCUCUCGCUUUCGUCACGACCGUCCUACUCGUGCUCAGUGAGAGUUCCACUAUAUUCAAUGUGCUGAGCAAGAACUUCCUCAUUGACGAUGCUCUCAUCGACACCUUCGAUGGCACCCUCAUGUCGCGCAACAUGACCACUUUGGUCGCAAAGGAGCGCAAUGUCAAGUCUGGCAGCGACCCAAUUGCGAAGCUGGGCAAGCUUGCCAGCAAGCCGUUUGCGAAGUUCGCUCCCAGCGCGAUAAUCCGCUACUUCAUGUACUUGCCGCUCAACUUCAUCCCCAUUGUCGGAACCGUCAUGUUCGUCGUAUUGCAGGGACGCAGGUUUGGGCCUACUGCACACGCACGCUACUUCCAGCUCAAGCAGAUGAACAAGAAAGAGAAGGAUCAAUUUGUCGAGCGCCGCAAGGCUGCCUACGCCAGCUUCGGUAUUCCUGCUGUCCUCCUCGAGAUGGUCCCUAUUGCCGGUAUUCUCUUCUCGUUCACGAACACGGUCGGCGCAGCACUCUGGGCUGCUGAUAUGGAGUCGCGUGAUUCCAGCGGCCAAAAGACGACCGCACCUGGCCUGCGCAAUCAAGCUGCAGAGGCGAGGAAUGAGUUGUAGAACCUCUACCCGUACAGCCGCUUUGUUGGGCUGGAUAGACAAUAUAGAUACCCCUGGAAGCCACCAUAUGCGCCAGGCUGGUUGCUGGGAUGGCCAUGGAUUGAGAUGCUGAGCGGGGAGGAGUUCGAAGAACGAGAUGGAGACUUCGACCUCUGGCACGGAGAUGCUGAUGCCGUAGCGAGCGGUUCUAUGAACAGUUACGAUGUCGAUAAUAGCGUGAUACACCUGUAUACCCUUAAUGAAAACAAGUACUGAGUCGAGUCCAUCUCAUGUGUGCUCUAUGGUGUGUGAAAACACAUGUGCCGCACCCAGAUCUAAGCUGCCUCUCGACAAUUCUAAAG